UUGGGGUUUGACUAAUGCCCAGAUUUCUCCUUUGAAAUGUAUGACGUGUGGUACCUUCUAGUUCAUAUAUUACUUACACUUAUUGUUUGUUCAAUUUGUGUAUCUCUAGAAAACGGUGGAUGGGCUACAGAUGAGGCAUCAAUACUAGCUUUUGAAGGACCAUGUAAUAUAGAAAUUAGAGAUGCAAGUCAGUUAUCUCAAGAAGAAUUUAUUAAAAGAUAUGCUCACCAAAGUCCUGUUGUUAUUAAAGGUGCAACAGAUAACAGAGAAUUUCACCAAAUUUGUAGUAAGGAUGAAAUGAUACGAAACUAUGGGACCAAAAAGAUAAGACUAAGUUCAGCUAACACAUACUCAUAUGAAAAAAGAGAUGUAUCAUUAAAGUAUUAUAUAGAAAAUGUUAUGAAACCUCAGACUUUAACAAUGCUAGGAAAUGAAACAUUUUACUGGUUUGGUGACAAUAACUAUACAGAAUGGGAGGAUGUAUUUAACAGAUAUAAACCACCACCUUAUAAGUUACCACUUAUGACUGGGGCCUACAGCUUUGGUGUUGCAGAUGCAGGGACUGGUGUACCAUUUCAUUUUCAUGGUCCAGGUUUUGGUGAAGUUAUUUUUGGAAGAAAGCGUUGGUUUUUAUAUCCACCAGAGAAGACCCCCCUUUUUCAUCCAAACAGAACUACCCUGCAAUGGUUGUAUGAAGAUUAUCCUAAUUUACAUCCAGAUGAUAAACCAAUAGAAUGCACAAUCAAUCAAGGAGAGAUAAUAUAUUUCCCAGACAGAUGGUGGCAUGCAACACUAAAUAUAGAUGCCAGUGUUUUUAUUUCAACAUUCUUAGGAUGAAGAAAAUAUAUUAACAAUCAAAACUAUAAACAAACUUAGUUACUAUUAUAUGAGUUAUUAUAAUACCUUCUUAAUUGACUAGGAUUGUCAGAAUUCAGAAGGUUGGUGGUUCUCUCCAGCAUUCAGGCUUCGUCCACCAGGAUUGACUGCCACAAUAUAGCAAAUAGUGCUAAAAUGGUGUUAUAUUUCAACAAUCAUCAUCAUCAUCUUAUGAUACCUUAAUAUUUUUUAUAAGUUCGUCAUUGGUAAUAACCUUUAACUGCAAUCUUGCCGUCAAUCUUUUCAUCAAUGUGUUAGACAUGAACAUUAGAAGGAAAGAUAAAAAAAAAAGAGGCAAAAGAUACCAAGGGGACAUUCAAAUCUCAUAAGUCAAGACUAACAACACCAUUUCAAAAAACACUAAAUGGAAAUCUAAGCCUAAAGACUGAAAACAAGAACCCCAUAAACAACUAUGGGUGAUGUCAGGUGCACAGGAAGGGAAAGCAGAUCUUGCUAAAUGAGUUGAUGUGAUACAAGAUCGAGUAAUUUGGUAUGGCAAUUUUCAUGAGGAAUGAUUUUUUUAUACAUUUCUCACAAUUCUGGGAUCUUUACUUGAUACAAUUUCAAGACAUAUUUUGUCUUCUUUAUUUUAAGAUAUCAGCACAGAAGUGUAGUUUUUUUUCUUAAAGACUUACAUCAGGAUAACACAUUUUACUGUAGUUUAUCCAAGAUAUUGACUUCAGAAUGGUGCAUUAAGUGCAAUAAAAAGAAAAAUUAAAAUUUUGAA